AUGGAGCAGGUUUCUGUAGAUGUUGUUGAAGGAUCCACCAUUUUCAAGAAAGCAAAACAGCCUGUGACAUUGAAGUUUGAAGAUGUUGUUUACAAGAUUAAGGUUGGAGGUGGUGGAUUAUUAAAGAAACAAAAAUCAGAAGAGAAAAUUAUCUUGAAGGGAGUGAGUGGAGUUGUUCGUCCUGGUGAAAUGUUGGCCAUGCUUGGCCCUUCGGGCAGUGGUAAGACGACGCUUCUCACUGCCCUUGGUGGCCGCCUCAGCACUGGGCGGCUCACUGGGAAGAUCGCAUUCAAUGAGCGUCCAUUCACUAAUCGUAUGAAGAGGAACACUGGUUUUGUCACUCAAGACGAUGUUCUUUAUCCCCACCUCACGGUUACAGAAACCCUAGUUUUCACUGCCCUACUCAGGCUGCCCAACACUCUCACGAAAGCAGAAAAGACGGCCCAUGCCGAGGCUGUCAUAGAACAACUUGACCUAAAAAGGUGCAAGAAUAGCAUAAUUGGAAGACCUUUUCUUAGGGGAGUUUCCGGGGGAGAAAGGAAGAGGGUUAGUAUAGGGCAAGAAUUGCUAAUCAAUCCGAGCAUUAUGUUUCUUGACGAGCCCACAUCUGGCCUAGACUCAACCACGGCACAAAGGAUUGUGUCAACCUUAUGGGAGCUGGCUAAUGGUGGUGGGAGGACCAUUCUUAUGACAAUCCAUCAACCUUCGAGUAGGCUUUUCUACAUGUUUCAUAAGGUGAUAUUGUUAUCCGAUGGAAAUCUCAUGUACUAUGGUAAAGGAAGUAAUGCAAUGGAAUACUUUGCUAGGGUUGGUUACGCUCCCUCGCUUGCCAUGAAUCCUGCUGACUUUAUGCUAGAUAUCGCUAAUGGCAUACCACCCGAUGAAAUUGAAAAGGAUGUUAAUGUUGUUAAGCAAGAAUUGGUAUUAGCCUUCAAGAAUAACGAACAAGAUAUGAGGGCAGAGGUUCAAAUGUCGGAGAACAAUUUCCAUGACAAAUCGGAAGAAAAGGAUAAAUUUGGAAGGUGGGCGACGACAUGGUGGCAACAAUUCACAGUGUUGCUUAGACGAGGGAUGAAGGAAAAGAGGCACGAGGCAUUUUCAGCCCUUACUAUUACUCAAAUCAUCUUGGUAUCUUUACUUGCGGGGCUCCUAUGGUGGAAAACUAAUCCUAACAAUAUACAAGACCAGGCUGGUCUACUCUUCUUUAUAGUGGGAUUUUGGGGAUUUUACCCGUUAUUUCAAGCUAUCUUCACGUUUCCUAAAGAACGUGCAAUGUUGGAGAAAGAAAGGUCAUCGGGGAUGUACAAGCUCUCGUCCUACUUUAUGGCAAGGACCAUGGGAGACAUGCCGAUGGAGAUCUGCCUUCCCACAGUUUAUGUCACCAUAAUCUACUGGAUGGCCGGGCUCAAACCUACAGCCCUACACUUCUUUGCGACAUUGUUCUCCAUACUACUCUCGGUGGUGGUUUCAAGCGGGCUUGGUCUAGCCAUUGGGGCACUUGUGUUGGACCAGCAGGCAGCCGCGACUGUCGGCUCAGUCCUAAUGCUCGCGUUUCUUCUAGCUGGAGGGUUUUAUGUUCAACAUGUGCCAAAAUUUAUUGCAUGGGUCAAGUAUAUCUCCUUGAGUAACUAUACUUACAAGGUUUUGAUGGAUUCUCAAUUCAGUUUAGAAGAAACUUACCAAUGCAAUUCUGGUAAUGGGAGAUGUUUUGUUCGCGAUUUUCCAUCUAUAAAGGCGGUUGGGCUUGGAAAUCCAGUUAUUCCGGUGGUGGCCUUGUUGAUAAUGAUGGUUGGUUAUAGAGUUAUUGCGUAUAUUGCCCUAAUGAGGAUCGGAGUCACAGGCACCAAAUGA